AUGCUUGGCAGCAAAACGAGUCCAUCAAUCUUCCCAACCCUGGUGACGGUACUUCCAAUUAUGGCGGUGGGGCUUCUUGCACGCUUUGCUGGAGUGUUGCUGAGCGUCAGAGCAACAACAGCGCAACGCAGAACAGAGAACCAAGGAUUGGGGCAAGCUCUCGCCGAUGCAUGCUUCUGCUUUCUUUCUGUCCUUCCGCGUGCGACCAUCCAAGGAGCUUUGGGUGCUGUGCCCGUGAAUCAACGCUUCUUCCAGGACGAAGCGCGUGAGGACAGGAGUGAGGCACGUCACCUAAUCUUCACAGCUGCGCGCCUAUACAUCUUCUGCAUGUCCAUCUUCGGGAUGUUUUUGCUGAACACCUUCGGACCGAUGCUAUUGGAGGCAUCGGAGGAAAGGCCGCCAGAGGAGGAAGCCUUCAUCCAUGACCGCUUCGCAUCCGACCUUGAGCAGUUUGAUGAUCGAGGGUUCCAUUUCGACUCGCACGACCGAGACGAGAAGGUUAUUGACUUGGCAGAGACGCUGGGACAGGAGUACGGCAUCCCAGCAUCAAUGGUCAUGUCGCUGUUGGAUGAACGCAGUAAAGCCUUGUCUCCCGUUCGUGGAGGUUUGUCGCCAAUUCGGGAGCAUCGGGACAUCGACAAGGUUCAAGUUUCCGGUACCAGAAGUGAGGAAUUGUCGGACCUGUCUCCUUCAGCAAAGACGGAUCCGGUGCGAUCCGCCUCCGCUCGUUUCGUGGGUCUGCGAGCGCGAUUCGAAACCGAGCCGGCACCGCGAACAAAGUGGAAAGAGCUCCAGAUGAAGCGCACCUGGAGCAAAAUGGACAAUUUCGCUUUGUUUGAUUCCAGAGGGCCGCAAGUCGAGGAGGACCACUCGGCAGCCCAAGGCAGAUACAGAGGCUACACGCACUGA